AUGGCUUUGAUGGAGACAUUUUAUCUCUCACAUGGAGCUCCAACUCUUGCUAUUGAUGAAACCGUUCCAGCAAGACAAUUCUUUCAAUCAUGGAAACAAAGUGUAUACAAAGAGAAACCAAGUUCCAUUCUUGUUAUUUCUGCUCAUUGGGAGACCAAAGAACCUACUGUUAAUGUUGUUGAUCGAAAUGAAACCAUUUAUGACUUCUAUGGCUUCCCUAAGCCCUUGUACCAGAUCAAGUAUACACCACCAGGAGCUCCAAAAUUGGCUAAGAGGGUGAAGGAAUUGCUUAUGGCAUCUGGCAUUGAGAAGGUCGAUGAAGAUAAAAAAAGAGGGCUUGACCAUGGUGCUUGGGUUCCACUGAUGUUCAUGUACCCGGAGGCUGACAUCCCGGUAUGCCAACUCUCCGUUCAAUCGGAUAGAGAUGGCACUCACCAUUACAACAUGGGGAAGGCCCUGGCUCCUCUCAGAGAGGAAGGUGUCCUUAUCCUAGGAUCAGGAUCUGCUGUACACAACUUGGGUUCCAGGCUACCUAAUGGUAGUCCUGUUCCUUCGUGGGCUUUGCAGUUUGAUGACUGGCUUAAAGAUGCUCUUAUUGAAGGAAGGUAA